GAUAUCCGUGAUACAAAUCCACAAACAGAACAGGAGGGAGGGGGUGAAGCGCACAAAAAGAACAGGAAAAAAAAACUGGUCACAUUUCUCAGGCACCUGAAAACGUGCUGGUUUAUUUUCGGACUCGUGUUGCUUAUUGAUGAGUUGAGGGGGGAGUGUUUAAACUACUUCUACUCCUGGUUCAUGUUUUCAUGGUGACUGUACUUUACAAGCAGCUGAGGACCUCAGUCAUUUACAGGAGUCCUUCCUUCACACAGUGAGAGCUCUACUCACUCACACAACCUGGCUGGCAUCAUUAAGGUGUGCAUACGGAGAGCCGAGCUGUCUCUUAUUCAUCUCUUCGGAAGUCAUCUGGAGCAGCAUCUGCUCUCAUUUCCUUUUAGACUAAUUCUUUGACUUCGUUGACCGACUUUCCUCAGAACACCCCUCCACCGCCCUGCAUGUGCGCAACACUGCUGCUGCCGGUCUGAGCUUUUUUGGAUACACUUUUCUCUUGACUCUACAUCAACCAAACUCCUCGGUAGAUAAGCAGUCAGUUCAGCAUUAGACGUCCAACAGUUCAACAGCACGACGGAAGAAGUGAACAGCAUCGACCUACUAGGAAACAUGGAGCACAGCCCUGGUGGUGGUGUUAUCUUGUAUGCCGGCUCAUGCGGCAGUGCCAGCCCGAGUCCUGGCAGCCCCUCAAGUGGAUACCAGACCCAGUCGCCCUCCUCCCACUCGCAGCCUUCGUCCCCAGAGAGUGGCUCCUUUCACGAGAUUGGGCCCCUGAAGCAGAGAGGGGAACGAAGGGGAGGGACUCCUUCCCCGAAAUUGGUCUUCCAGUUUCCAGAAGUAAACAAUGCUCCCGUUGCCCAAAUAGCGACUGUAUCGUCGGCAACCUACAGCCAUCCCACAGUGGCCAAAAGACCUUGUGGUUUCACUGGCACGUUCACCAAAACCGGAGGUAUGGUGCUUCUGUGUAAAGUGUGUGGGGACAUCGCGUCUGGCUUCCAUUAUGGCGUGCACGCCUGUGAAGGCUGCAAGGGUUUCUUCAGACGCAGCAUUCAGCAGAAUAUCCACUACAAGAUGUGCGUGAAGAAUGAAAACUGUCUCAUCAUGCGCAUGAACAGAAACCGGUGCCAGCACUGCCGCUUUAAGAAGUGUCUCUCCGUGGGCAUGUCCAGAGAUGCUGUGCGUUUUGGGCGUAUUCCCAAACGGGAGAAGCAGAGACUACUGGAUGAGAUGCAGAGCUACAUGAACAGUCUCAAUGAAUCCGCUUCCAUGGAAAUGGAGGUGUCGCCUCCCACCGACGCCCCCUGCAGUCCACAGAACCAGACGAAUGACGUAUCGCAGUCGUACCACAGCGACUUAAUGAGCAGAGAUGAGAAACCGAUCAAGUUGGCUGCCGGCAACCGCAACAUCGGCACUACCGCUUUCCACAACCGUCCGGCGCAGCAGCCUUCCAUAUCGCACUCGGCAACCCAGACCCACCACGUGGUUCACGGGGAGCAGGCGAGCUACCACGUCACCACAAGCUGCCCCGUGUCCUCCUCCACCAACGAAAACUCCACCGUCAUCGACAACGCCAAGUACACCUUCUCUUCCAAUCAGAAUCGGUGCCCCGUCAGUGGCCGCCUAUCAUCUCAAUCCUACUCAGCCAAUCAGAACAGUUACGCAGCCAGUGACUCCCAGAACCAAGGCCCCUGCCCCUGGAAGCUAAACGGAGGAGCCAAAGUGCUGGCAUGUCCACUCAAUUCCUGUCCUGUGGCUCCGGCCAGUCGCUCCAGUCAGGAGGUGUGGGAGUCUUUCUCCCAGUGCUUCACCCCUGCUGUUAAAGAAGUGGUGGAGUUCGCAAAGAGCAUCCCAGGCUUCCAGUCUCUCAGCCAGCAUGAUCAGGUCAUGCUGCUCAAAUCCGGCACUUUCCAGGUUCUGAUGGUGAGAUUCUGCUCACUGUUUGAUGCCAAGGAGAGGACGGUGACCUUCCUCAACGGGCAAACAUACUCACUGGCGUCACUUAGGGCUCUUGGCAUGGGCUCCUUGCUGGACGCUAUGUUUGAAUUCAGCGAGAAGCUUGGAUCUUUGGGUCUGGAGCCAGACGAGAUGGCUCUGUUCAUGGCUGUCGUUCUUGUUUCUGCCGAUCGCUCUGGUAUCGUGGAGGUUGGAGCAGUGGAGCAGCUGCAGGAGAACCUAAUAAAAGCCCUGCGCUCUCUCAUCACCAGUCGCCGCCCAGAUGAUAGCACCCUCUUCCCAAAGUUGCUGCUACGUCUGCCGGACCUGCGCACCCUGAACAACCAUCACUCUGACAAGCUUUUGGCUUUCCGCAUAGAUCCUUGAAUGCGAAAGAGCUAAAGCUUCCAGAGGUAUCUGCGUCGGCGGCGCCAUGCAAGCCUGGCCUCCCACAUACAGUACACCGGCCUCUGCAUGAUGGCCAGUUGUUGUGGGAGCUGUGCCAAGUCUGAUGCCAUGAGCGAACUUUGGAAAAAAGAUCAGUGCAGGCACAGCAGGAGGUGGAGGCUCCUGAACUCAAUGGGGCUCAAUUCCUCCUCCAGUUCCAGGACUGCUAAAAAAAAAGACAUUAAAACAUAGACUGAGUUCUUCCUUAAGGUUUUCCGAGUCAACAUCAAACCACCAAGUCAUCACCUCUCCCUCCGGGAGUUUGUGCUGAAGACCAAAAAGAAGAGAAACCUUGUCGUUCCUCACUAGACUUUGUCCUCCUAUCCCAGCUCACAAAGCUAACAAGAGGGAAGCACAUACUCCUGCCAAGAGAAAGAACAACAUGUACAAACAUUCACCAACAUUUCUUACUGUCAAUUCAUGCUACGACGUGUAAAGGGCACUUUCCAGUUUCCAUGCAUUAAAUCAAUAUAUAACAUAGCAAUAGAAACGUCUAAUACACGGUUGGGAGGACGGUUUGUGUGUGUGUGCCCUGUUGAAAUGACAUAAGCUAUUUUCACAACAUUUCACCAUGUGGAAGAUCUUUAUGAAAAUCACCCAUUUGUGAUUGAGAAAUGUAUAACAUUUUUAAGAAAUGAGAGUAAAUUGCAUUGUAUUUGUAUGCGGUAAUCAGGGAGAAAUUACUGGUCAUUUCAGACCGUGUCUGAUGGAAUAUAUGUCGAAGUGUAUUCUUGUAAAUUUUGUAUAUAACCUUUAUUCUUGGUCCUCGUUAGUUUGCAGAUUCUUGGAUAUGUAAAUUAAGCUAGUAUUGGAUUAUUGUAUGUAUAUCACACAUAAUAGACUGCUCUAUAGACUGCAAAGAGAAAGCAGCAUUUCAACCUGACUGAGUAUAAACUUUUUAUUUGAAGAUAUAUAAUUGAAAUAAAUGUAUUGUCAACUGACUGCAUCACCUUGUGAAUAUUUUGUAAAUGUUUUAUGGUUGCACCAUAGAGUACCAUUAUUAAAUAAUGUUAUAUACAGCAA